CUCUCUAUCAUUCAUAUCACGAUAUUUUUGAAUUUUUUUUAUCCUCAAGCUACGUCAUUCAACUAAAAAAAUAGACAUUCACUCUGUGUUUUUCCAAAAGAACAAAACGGACGUAUUUCUCCAUUCUUUAUUCAUAAGAAGAAGCACGUCUCCAUUCUUUAUUCGUAAGAAGAAGCACAAACCACAUAUGUAUUUACUGUUGAAGAAGAAGAGAUGAAUUUUCAAUAUGGCGAUAAUGAAAAUUUUAUCGAUUUAUCGUUGAACUCUCAAUUUCCAACCCAAAUUCCAAUCUCUAAUAACACAUCAACUUCAACAGAACUGAAUUCAAAAAAGUCUCGUGGUGGAAAGUUUAGUAUAGACGAGGAUCUCCUCAUCGUAUCAUCAUGGCUGAAUAUAAGUUUAGAUGCCGUGCAAGGAAACGAACAAAAGCACAAGACAUAUUGGGCGCGUUUAUGGGAAUACUUUCACAAAUAUAAAAACUUUCCGUCCGAACGCACGCAACUUUCUCUGAUGAAUCGGUGGUCUACGAUUCAAUUAGCUACCAAUAAAUUUUGUGGUUGCUAUGCUCAAAUUGAAUCAAGGCAUCAAAGUGGUGUAAAUGAGCAAGACAAGAUUGCUAAUGCAAAAUUCUUAUAUCAACAACUGAAUAAAAUUAAAUUUCAGUUUGAACAUUGUUGGAAUAUAUUAAGGCUUCAACCAAAAUGGAUGGAAGAUUGCCAAAAGAAAAAACCAAUAAAAAAGAAAGAUAUAGAUAACGUUGUCAAUCUCAACACUAGUUCAGAGACUGAAAUAAAUUCCAGAGAUGAUAAUAUUGCAAACUCUAAUUUUGUGGACCUAGAACGACCACCCGGAAGGAAAGCUGAAAAGGAUAAAAAGAAACGGAAGCUUAAAGAUAUGGAAAUUGACUCAACGAGUUCAUAUGUGAAUUUAUUACAAGAGAUGAGGGAUGAGAAAAAGCAAUUUAAUGAAAAAAAAUUAGAAAUGUUUGAAAAGGCAUAUGUUCAAGGACAAAACAAACUUGAUUAUCAGAAAGAAAAGUUGCGAUUAGAACAAAUAAAGGAAGAUGAAAGGAUGAUGGCUACGGAUAUAACUGGGAUGCCUGAAAUGCUAGCGAACUUUUAUAUUCAAUGUCAAAAGGAAAUCAUUGAAAGAAGAUCUAAAAACUACUAAAUGCUAUUUUUGAUAGUUCAAGAAGACGUGUGCAAUUUUCAGGGUAUUGGAGCUAUGGUCUCAGAAUCAACAAUGGAGCCGGAUCAGAAAGCUUUCUAAAAAAACUUGAAUUGCUUAUAUUAAGUAUUUUGUUUUUGUGAACCUUCUACUACUAGUUAUUAUGUUCUAAGGUUUUUAUGAACCUUCUGCUACUAGUUAUUAUGUUUUUUAUCUUUUUGUUUCUAAUAGAA